CCGAUACGACCACAUUUCUUUGCUAGGUGUGUUUUGAAAUUCUUAUCUACAAGUUUGCAACUCUCUCUCCCUCCCACCCUCUUUCUCUCUCAACUCGAAACUCACAAACUAUGAGUUUUGCAACUACCCUUCAUCUAAAAUUGCUUGAAUGUUGUUGUGCCACCACUGUGCCAAGAACUCAUGCUACAACCUUCAGUUCUAAGCCCUUUUGUCCGUCCAUUUCUCUAAGGCAAAUCCACUUCUCAUCCUCUCCCAUUUCAACCAAAUCCAAGAUUUUGCGUUUCAGGAUUGUCCCAUUUGUUGCACAGACUUCAGACUGGGCCCAACAAGAAGAAGAGGAAGAAGAGAAGAGUGGGAUUGAGUAUGAAAGUGACGAGGGGAUAGAGGCCAAUGCUACCGAUUCUUUCACAUGGGAAAGUACAGAGGAGAAUGUGGAUAGUGAUGGUGUAGGUUUGGAGGAAGGGGACGACGAGGAUUCUUAUGCUGAGCCACCGGAGGAGGCCAAGCUCUUCGUUGGGAAUUUGCCUUAUGAUGUCGACAGUGAAAAAUUGGCCCAAGUUUUUUAUCAGGCUGGAGUUGUAGAAAUUUCUGAGGUGAUUUAUAACAGGCAAACAGAUCAAAGUCGAGGCUUUGGAUUCGUGACAAUGAGAACCGUGGAAGAAGCUGAGAAGGCUGUGGAGAUGUUCAAUAAAUAUGAUCUAAACGGAAGACUAUUAACCGUAAAUAAGGCUGCUCCACGAGGUACUCAGCCAGAGAGGAAUCCCAAAGUAUAUGAGCCUUCCUUCAGAAUGUAUGUUGGCAACUUACCGUGGCAAGUGGAUAGUGCUCGGCUGGAGCAGGUAUUCAGCGAACAUGGCAAAGUGGUUGACGCCAGAGUAGUUCUCGAUCGGGAGACUGGACGGUCUCGUGGAUUUGGUUUCGUAACAAUGUCAAGUGAGACCGAACUAAACGAUGCUAUAGCUGCUCUUGAUGGACAGAAUUUGGAUGGCAGGGCAAUUAGAGUUAAUGUUGCCGAGGAACGACCAAGACGUGGCUUCUGAUCUAAACUACCAUAUUAUGUGAUUUUUGUAUUAGUACUUCCUUUUUGAGAAUUUUCAUCCGCCCUCACCUCUAAUAGUGCAAAUUAUGCAGGCAACAACCACCUAAAGUGAACGAACCUUCUCUUUCAAUCUCAUA